AUGAAUAGUCAUCGACUCCCGAGAAAGGGUAGAAGAAUGGGACCUAUUAUGGGACAUACAAUGCAUUACAGACGUAUGAUCAUUACACUUCAAUCGAGUUAUUCUAUUCCACCUCUUAGAAAGAAAAGAACUUAA